UCACAUUGCAAAGCGAAGAGAAGAAAAAAAAGAAAGAAAGAAAUAAUUCCAAAAUUCGAACGACUCGGACGGUGCAAAGGGUAAAUAAGCUGUAUUAAUAUCUUCGCAGUGCAGUCGAGACCCCCGAAAAGUCGAAAGAGUGCCAGGAUCUUGGAUAUCCGUAUCGUGCGCGCAGCUCUCCUGUUUUUUCCUUUUGUUGACGUCGCAUUGUCGUCAUCGUCAUCUUGUGACCGUGUCUAUUCGAGUCCGAAAAAGAAAGAAAAGAAAGUCGUAAACUAUAGAAAAGAAAACUAGUUGGGGAGGAGGAGUCGCACACACAAACAACAGACACACACGGAGCCCCCCACUCACUCACACACAACUAACCCACUCACACACACACACACACACGUACAGGCGAACUGCAGUGAAGCAACGAAAACAACAAUAAACACAGCAACAUUGCAGCUUGCUUUGGAGCACUUAAACAGCAAUAAACAUAAACCAAAACGAUUAAAAAACAAAAAGUGCAAAACAAUCUGUAGCUUAUACAAGCAAAAGCCAAAAGUUUCUGUAUAGAAAAUAAAAAGCAAAGUCAAACGCAAAAACAAACGAAAAUGAGAAAGCAAAAGGACGAUAUGCAGGUCAAUGUCGCUGGUCUGCGCAGAAACAUCAAGAACCUUGCGCACAACUACUCCGAUGCUCAGGUCAAAGUGCGAGAGGCCACCUCGAACGACCCGUGGGGUCCUUCUGCCGCCAUCAUGGGAGAGAUAGCUGACCUCACGUACAAUGUGGUGGCCUUCUCGGAAAUCAUGCAAAUGAUCUGGAAGCGUCUCAACGACCACGGCAAGAACUGGCGCCACGUCUACAAGGCACUCAUCCUGCUGGAGUACCUGAUCAAGACCGGCACGGAAAAGGUGGCCCAGCAGUGCAAGGAGAACAUCUUCGCCAUUCAGACGCUGCGGGAAUUUGUCUACUUCGAGGAGGGCAAGGAUCAGGGCACCCAUGUCCGUGAGAAGGCCAAGCAGCUGGUUAAUCUCCUGAAGGACGACGAGCGGUUAAAGAACGAGCGUGUGAAGGCGCUAAAGGCCAAGGAGCGAUUUUCCCAGCACCCGAGUGGUUUCGGCAGCGAUGGGUACAUUGACGGGCCCUCGCAGCGGGAUCUACCACCGGGCUGGCAGGAGGAGCCGCCCAAGUCCGUAUCCGAGCUGGAAAUGGUUCGGCCGCAGACGGCUGGCGAGGAAGAGCUUCAGCUUCAGCUGGCCAUGGCUAUGUCACGGGAGGAGGCGGAACAGGAGGAGGCCAAGCGGCGUAGCGAUGAUGUACGUCUGCAACUUGCCCUCAGCCAGAGUGAGCAGGAUUUCAAGGAUCCAAAUGGACGACCUAUUCCCGCGCCCAAGAAGGAGGAACCCCAGAGUCAUUUGCUAGAUCUGCUGGACAUUUCGCUAGGCGCCACGAGCAUCUCGAGUCCACCGCUGGGCGCUGCAGGCGGCGCUCCAGCAGCUGUGGUAGAUCCCUGGGCCACUCCUGGUCCCCGAGCUCCCAGCCAAUUGUCCGAUCCCUGGUCGGGUACUUCCUCGCCACAAGUGGACCCCUGGAAUCCCUCCGCUGCCCCUCGUACCAUCAUGGGAGCCGGAGUGCCGAUGAGCUCGGCGCCAUUGGGUGCAGCAGCUGGAAACGAUGCAUGGGGUGGUCGCACCCAGUCGCCAUCGGUGGCCUCGGGCUCCUCCAACGAGGGCUGGCUACAGACCAAUGGGAAUGCCAACCAAAACGGACGUGGAGCCACUCCGGCGGGAGCUCCAGCUGAAGGCUGGUUGAUUAAAUCACCUGCUGUAGGAGCUUUGGGAGCUGCACCCGUGAGCCAUGCGGCAAGCAAUGGCAGCUCAUCUGCGGAUCCUUGGCUGGCUGAGCCAGCAGCAUCAGCGGCAGGAGGAGCAGCAGCUGGUGGUUUGGCGGAUCCCUGGGCGGCAGGAGCAGCACCUCAGGGCGCGGGUGGCCUAGAUGAUCCCUGGAAAGCCCUGGGAACAGGCGCCAUCAAGAAACAAUCCCCCGAGAUUGACGAGUUUGACUUAAUUACUAACCGGAACAAGAGUGAGCUAAGCAAUUCCAACGCCUCCAACAACAACAAUGCUUCUCUGCUCGACGACAUGGAUCCGCUAUCGGCGAACUACGGAAAUGGAGCCAUAAACAGCAGUGUGCAUCCGUCGACGGGAGCCACGGCAAAGAAACCGCUGAAGGAUGCCCAUUCCUUCCUCGGCGAGAACUCCGCGCUGGUUAACCUGGACAAUCUGAUCAAACCGAUUGCGCCACAGACGCAAACGGGUAAUCAGCCGGCAUACAAUCCCUUCAGCGAUACCGUGAUGCCACCCAAGACGAAUCUAUUCCAGCAGCAGCAGCCAGCCGUGCCGUCCAUCAAUCAGCUGAAGCAGCAGGCUCCCUUCUCAGUCAGCAUGAAUCAGGAUCCCUGGGCGCCCGUAAUGGGUGGCGUUAGUGCGACUUCACAGCCAAAACUUCCGCCUCCCGUGCGUCCCACUAGCCUCAAUUUGGGGCCUCCGUCCGUGGGUGAAUUUCAGCUGUUGAGUGCGUUUAGUAAUCCCAUCAUUCCCUCCGCCACCAUCCUCCAGCCACAGCAGAAUUCGCAGGUCUACAACUCUGCGUACCAGAGCAAUAGCAGCGCCAAUAUCCUGAGCAACAGUAACAUGAAUAGCUCCACCAGCAACAGCACCAUAUACAGCAGUUAUGCAAGUCCGAGUCCUGGCAUCGAUGGCAUCCGCAACAUGGAUAUAUUCACCGACCGUCCAUACUAUAAUAGUCCAACAGCACCUGCUGACGAAACUUAUAUGUACAAUGGCACCAAUAAUAACAAUGUCAACAGCAACUAUGGUACUCCCAGACUUUAUUCAAGCUAUGCUGCCAGCUAUAGCAGCGCCCUAUCCGACUCGCUGGCCGAAACCCCGGGAAUUAGUGUGGCUCCCAUGGGCUUUGUGGCCGAGCCUGUCAUGAGUUUCGGUCCCUCGUCCUCGGCGGCCAACAACUGCAAGCUGGAACAAAAUAACAACAUGCCGUGGAUAAAGCCGGAAGCAGCAACAAAUCCGUUUUUGUCGUAAACUGGAGCCGAUCAAUCAAGAGCAAUGUGUGCAGGAGCAGCAGCGGGAACAUCAACUAAGGGAACGUCAUCUAAUCAAGGCCUGGCUGGUGUAUAUGGAGAUGUCCAAUAAUAGCAUUAGCCACAAUAGCAGCAGAAGCAACCAAUUUAAGCUCUACAUAACUGCAAAGAGAAAAAUAUGAAUUAAUUAAUAAAUUAUGUGUAAGGAAGUAUUAUUAAAGUGUAAAAUAUGUGAUGUACGUGAGAGAGAAAGCCAAGAUCCAGCGAUAGAACGUGUGGAGGAGUAGAAACAGCAACGACACCCAGCCAAGAUGAGUGGAGAAAUCUGCCGAUUUCGCGCAGGAAGCUUACAUUCAAACACAACUUGAGUCUAACACAUUUGCAAUAACUAAACCUGUAAACCAGCCCAUAAGAUAGCAUAAGGCAUCCCCAACGCCACUCGACUGACUAUGAAAUUAUUCUCCCUACCAUUCACACACUAAAUCUAAUGUUUUUAAAGCUCAUGGGUAUAUUGUGCCCCCUUUAAGUUGAGUGGUCGUCGAGGAUGGCCGACUGUCAAUCUUCAAGUACUUCCUUAGUUGAUCACUUACUGUUAAUUAAGUUGUAUCCUUGUUGAGGCAAAAACCAAGAACGCAAAACCGGUAGUGGGAAAUCCGAUCGAGUCCAAAUGAGAGAUGCGAAAAUGAAAACUAAAAAAUUGUUAUAUAGCUUUAAAGAUUGCGUCGGAAAAGAAAACAUGUUAAAAACAAUGGUAAACAAUUUAUGUGUGCUUGUAAUUGUAAAUUUUUUACGUUCUUAUUUUGUGAAAUUUAUUGUGCGCGCAUGUUGCAGAAACCAAAUACAAUUAUUAAUGGCUUUUGGCUAUCGAUUUUUAAACACAUUUUUACGAUUUUUUCGAGUUGACAGUUGAUUUGUUUGUGCAUUCGCUUUUGGUCCACCUUCAAGACACCAAUGCAUACACGAGUUUGCUGUUGAACAUUUUUAUAGUAACUAGUUUAAAAUUUACAACAACCUUUGAACACAUAUACAAAGAACAAGAUUAAUUACAAGAGCAAAUCGAAAACUAAAACAAAGGAAAACAAAACAAAAUGAUGGUAUACAUUUAGGCUAGAAUACGUAACGAAUUGUAUAAGCGUAACUUAAUGAUAACAAAAUAUACAUAUACAUAAAAGAGAA